CAUCACAUUGCAAAAAGUUUGCAAAUAGAAACAUUAUUGUAAAAUAAAGAUGGCUCAGAUUGAGAUAUGCUUAUGUUUACGUUAAUGGAGUCACAUAAAUGAGUAUCAAAUACCAAAUAUGAUGUUUAGUAUUUGGAAAACAAGAGAGCUAAUAUUAUCUAGAGGAAACUCAAUUCCAUAAACCUAUGCUUUAAUGAACUUAACCUAAUUUACAACUUAGUUAAACCCAAAUGAAGGGAUCAGAAUAAUUCUUUUUGAGAAUUAAUGUGUGAGAUUUCAUAUCCCUCUUAUAUCAAUUUGAGCUACAUUAAUUUAAAUUUUUUUUAUCAUACUGCACAUAUUUCACUUUCUCAUUACAUCUUUGUGUACUUAUUACUACUAUUCAGGGAAAGACACAUCACAAAUCUUUGAAAGCUAACAAAAAGUAGUUAUCUCGAUCUAACACUUCAUAUGCUGAUACAGCACACUCAAAGUUGACAACCUGUUGAACCAAAGAAGCAAAUGCAAUAUUGAAAGUAUAAGUACGCUCGGUUGUGGAUUAGACUAUAAAAGGACUCGUGUAGAAAAGGAUAAUAAGAAGAUCAGAGAAUAGUUUCGAGGAAGAACCAUGGAAAGAAAUAAUGAAGAUGUUCACAAUCUUGAUGAGCCUAAAGUCAAUUAUAAAGGAGUCAAGGCCCUGCCAUUUGUAGUAGGGAAUGAAACUUUUGAGAAGCUAGGGACUACAGGCACUUCUUCAAACCUUUUGGUGUAUUUGACAGAUGUAUUUCACAUGAAAAAUAUCACUGCCACAACUCUAAUGAACAUUUUCCAUGGAAGCACCAACUUUUCCACUUUAUUUGGAGCAUUUCUUUGCGACACUUAUUUUGGACGUUACAAGACCUUAGGAUAUGCCUCCAUUGCUUCAUUAAUGGGGAUGGUUGUACUAACACUGACAGCAACAAUUGAGAAAUUGCACCCACCAGAUUGUGGAAAGGGCAGUGCAGGCGGGGCUUGCCUAGAGCCAACGCCAUGGCAGAUAGCAUUUCUGUUAUUUGGAUUAGGAUUGCUUGUAAUCGGAGCUGGUGGAAUCAGACCAUGCAACUUGGCUUUUGGAGCAGACCAAUUCAAUCCAAACACAGUCUCCGGGAAGUUAGGAAUAAACAGCUUCUUCAACUGGUACUACUUCACCUUCAAAUUUGCCAUGAUGAUAUCUUUAACCAUCAUUGUAUAUGUCCAAACUGAAGUAAGCUGGGCUUGGGGAUUAGCCAUUCCUGCAUUCCUCAUGUUCCUAUCCUGUGCACUUUUCUUCAUGGGUUCGUGGAUUUACGUCAAAUUAGAACCUGAUGGGAGUCCUUUCACUAGUGUGCUGCGAGUUCUAAUGGCUGCUCUCAAGAAAAGACAAUUGCCAUUGCCAGACCAGCAAUGGUCAUCUCUUUUUAACCACAUUCCCUCGAACUCUAUCAAUUCCAAGCUUCCUUACACUAAUCAAUUGAGCUUCUUAGAUAAGGCAGCAAUCAUAACCUCAGACGACAAAUUCAAAUCAGAUGGAUCAGCAGCUGAUCCGUGGACACUCUGCAGCACACAACAAGUAGAAGAAGUAAAAUGCUUGGUGAGAGUAAUACCAAUAUGGUGUGCAGCCAUAAUCUACCAUGUUGCUACCACACAGCAACAAACAUACGCUGUAUUUCAAGCCCUCCAAUCCGAUAGGCGUUUAUUCUUUGGAAACACCCAUUAUUUCAAAAUCCCAGCCGCUUCUUACACAAUCUUCACCAUGAUUGGCCUCACCAUCUGGAUCCCUUUCUACGAUCGUAUCUUAGUCCCUUCUCUCCGCCGAAUCACAGCCAGAGAAGGCGGCAUUACGCUCCUACAAAAAAUGGGGCUCGGACUGGGAAUCGCCAUUAUAACAAUGUUCAUCUCAGCAUUAGUAGAACAAAAGAGAAGGAAUUUGGCUCUCACACAGCCAUUGUACGAAGAAAGAGGGAGAAGGGGUUCAAUUUCUUCCAUGUCGGCGCUCUGGUUGGUCCCUCAGUUGACGCUGAUCGGGUUGUCAGAGGCGUUCACCGUCAUUGCACAAGUCGAAUUUUACUACAAGGAGUUUCCUGAGAACAUGAGAAGCAUUGGGGGUUCGUUAUCUUUUGUGGGUCUUGCGCUGUCGAAUUAUUUAAGUGGGUUUAUGGUGACAGUGGUGCACCGUCUCACCGCCGGAAAGUGGCUGCCGGAAGAUCUGAACGAGGGUCGAUUGGAUUACUUCUAUUUCUUGGUAUCGGGAUUGGAAGCUGUGAAUUUGGGGUACUUCGUGUUGUGUUCAAAAUGGUACAAGUACAAAGGGAGUGGAAGCCAUGGCGUUGAUGAGAUGGAUUUUGGGAAGACGGAAUUUGAAAAAACUGUUGUUUAUUGAUUGCAUAUGUCAUUGUUUCCAACUUCCUUUGUUGUUUUAUGUUUUAUGAAUGAAUGUGUAUUGUAAUGUCAAAUAGGGUUUUGGCCCUAACAUUUCAACUUCUUACAAUUGAUCUACAUGAACCAAUCUAUAUGCCCUUAAACCAUUCAAA